AUGUUGGAAAAAAUGUCCCGCCGCCAGCGUUCCCUCCUGUCGCUGGCGUUGACCUCGCUGGCCCUCGGCUUGUCCGUGUCGGCCUUCUGCACGUCGUACUGGUGCGAGGGGACCCACAAGGUGGUCAAGCCGCUCUGCCUGUCCCCCGUCAAGCUGAAGAACUGCGGCCAGAACAACAGCCAGCCCUACACCACAGAGGCCCCGACGCCGGACCCCAGGAACCCGCCGUCCAACGUGACGCUAACGCCGCUGCAGAGGGAGCAGCUAGCGAUCCUCAGGAGGAAACAGCUGGCCAACGCCGUCCACUACAUCUGGGAGACGGGCGAGGACAAGUACAUGCUGCGCUACUUCCACACCGGAUUCUGGCUCUCUUGCGAGAAGCACAACGAAGGUGAGGACCAGGAGGAAAAGUGCCGUAGUUUCAUCGAGCUAACUCCGGGGGAGACUCAAGGUGUCCUGUGGCUGUCGGUCAUCAGCGAGUUCACGUACAUCGGCCUGCUGGCAAUGGGCUUCCUGCUCAUGUGGGUGGAGGCCAUCUGCCUGUGCGCCAAGAGGGAGAUGAACGCCCUCAAGAUCAACGCCUUCGCCGCCAUGUGCACCGUCCUGUCGGGCAUGAUGGGCAUGGUGGCGCACAUGAUGUACACCACAGUUUUCCAGAUGACCGUCAGCAUCGGCCCCAAAGACUGGAGGCCGCAGACGUGGGACUACGGCUGGUCAUUUGCGCUAGCUUGGCUGUCGUUCAGCUGCUGCAUGGCGGCCGCCGUUGCCACGCUCAACUCCUACACCAAAACCAUCAUCGAGAUGAAGCACCGCGCCCGGUUGCGCCUUGAGGAGGCCCGCGCCGCCGCCCGCGCCCCCUCCUACGAGGAAGUGGUCCGCGCCGGGGGCGGAGUCUACUCUGUCAGUCAGCUGAUCCAGCUGGGCCAGCAAGGUGCGCUCACGGACCCCCUGUGGCCGCGGGGGGUGGGCCCCGCCGUGGGACCGCUGGCUUGCGGGGCCGGCGGGGCGCUGGUCGGGAUCGGCGUGGCGGGGAUGGGGGCCGUCGGCGUGAUGGAGAAGGCGGGGCGGGCGGCGGACCCCAGGGGCGGCGUGGUGGUGCUGGAGGGUUGCGGCGUGGACGGAUGCGAAGACUGCGAAAGGGAGAUGGACGAGAUGGACUACCUGCCCGAGGACGGCGACGGCUCGCUCUGCUAGCGUCGCUGCCGCCUGCUGGUCUGGAGAGGAACUGCGUAUCCGGAAGGCUUGACGCAGUGAUAUCGUUCAAAAUUAGCAUAUUGGAGAAAGGACUUAAUCUUUAACUCCAGCUGCGUUAGAUGAGACUACGGCAAAAAAGUGUGGUAUGACUGGCACGAUUUUAAUUAUUAUUUUUUUCCAUCAAC